AUGAAACUGUUUGUGGGCUGGCUGUGCCUGAGCCUGGCAUCUGUGCGGGUGGCAUGGAGGACGUGGAUGCUGUGGAGACUGCUUACCUGCUCCCUGUACAUGAACAUGAGGAGUGGUCCCGGCAGGCCAGCUGCUGCUGCAGGUGGCAGGAAGGAGAAUCACUAGUGGUAUGUGUGCAACAGAGAUAAAUUAAUGUGAAUCACUCCAGGCUCUUUGUUCAGUUACCUUGAUCAAGGAACACAGAUCUUCUUAAACAUCAUCAUUGAGAAAUAGGGCUGGCUAUUCAUACAAUUAUAUCACUCUUUUGUGUCAUUUGUUUUUAGCCUGUUUAUGUCUAGAACUUCUAUCAAUUGGUUGCUAGGAAGAGGUUCAAUGUUUGUGUUUUCACCAGAUCAAUUCCAGAGACUGCUUAAAAUUAAUUCAGGCUGGAAAACUCAUAGACUUCUUGAUUUAGGUGCUGGAGAUGGAGAAGUCACAAAAAUCAUGAGCCUUCAUUUUGAAGAAAUUAAUGCCACUGAAACUAUGAUAUGGAAGCUUCAAAAGAAGAAAUACAGAGUGCUUGGUAUAAAUGAAUGACAGAAUACACAGUUCCAAUACGAUAUUAUCAGCUGCUUGAAUUUGCUGGACUGCUGUAAUCAGCCCCUGACUUUGUUAAAAGAUAUCAGAAGCAUAUUGAAGCCAACUAGAGCCAGGGUCAUCCUUGCCCUGGUCUUACUCUUUCAUCCCUUUGUGGAAAACAUAGGUGGGGUCAAGUGGAAGAAACCAUCAGAAAUUUUGGAAAUCAAGGGACCGAAUUGGGAAGAACAACUGAAUAGUCUGCCUGAAGUUUUCAGAAAAGCUGGUUUUGUAAUUGAAGCUUUCAUCAGAUUGCCGUACCUGUGUGAAGGCAAUAUUUGUAAUGACUACUAUGUGCUGGAUGAUGCUUUGUUCUCAAACCAGUUUAAAGACAUGGGGGAUGGAAUCUGCGGAGUCCUCCCCAGGAAUGUAAACUCUAGAAGAGGGUCUGCAUCUGCGAUUAUGGGAAGGGAGGAACUUUGUGGAUUGCUGUACUAA